UAUUAUGAUGAUCGCUCAUAAUGCAAACAAACAUUUUUUUAUAAAAUAUAUUUUUUAAAUGUGUUCCGUUAUUGUUUACCUGCUGCUUGUGUGGAGUACAUAAACUAAGGGACACAGGUUUUACAUGUUAUUUACAUUAGGGACUUGCUCAUGGAUUAUGGUAAAAGGGACAGUAUAUUGAAAAAAGUACGGUAGUGGUCACGCUCCAGGAAAUCGAGAAAACAGGGAGAAAGAGAGCGCACUUGUUUGAAAUUGAAAAGCGUCGUGGUAGCUACUAUAGUGAUAAAGAAGAACAUCAAGACGAAGCAGCUGCUUUACAAGUUGGAUGCACUUUUGAGCGCUACAUCCCGAGGGGUUCGUUCUGCUUGUGACAGCCGGUUAAAUGGCGUCCCUUGACAAGGCAAGAACAAUAUGUAUGUCAGAAGAAGUGGAGUAUUAUCAUAAGUAUAGUUAUACUUGGAAUACGGAGGAUGAACGGAGAGAAAAAGAGGCAGAGGAGGUCUAGGAGAGAGAGAGGAAGAGGGUGAGCUUGAGUCGGUUAAAAUGGCGGGAAAAAUUUAGAUUGUUAAAGAAGAAUGGUAGAAAGUGUAACAGAGUGAGUUGAAGAUGGGAGGAGAAAUGGAAGUAAUUGAGAGCGAAGUAUCGGAGGUGGUAGGUGUGGUGAAGUUCUCGGACCCCGAGGCUUGCACUGAGGGUCAGAAUAAAGAUGAAUCUGUCACUGUAGGAGUGAAGUUUUUUGAAAAAGUGGACCCCUUUGAUCCAUUUGAGGUUUCAGGGUGGGUGAAAACAGAGUUGGGUGUUGUGGAAUCGCUGAGGGUAACCAGAAGUGGUCUUGUGAUAAUUGUAUGUGUUUCUGCUGGUCAUAGAGAGCGCCGUGUUAAACAUUUUGGUAGGCCAUCAUUGUAAAAGAAUGUGUUCUUAACUGACUUGCCUAGUUAAAUAAAGGUUAAAUAAAUAAAUGGGGGCAAGAAUAUAUGCUCUCAAGAAUAGGGCGCCAUUGAAAGGUGUGAUUACUGGGGUUGUUUGGUGCAAAGCAGACAGGGUGGCGUGAGUGGAGAAACAGAAGAUUCAUUGUCUGUUCUUUUGAGUUUUUAUGUUAGGAUAUAUAAGUUAUCCAGUAUGAGCUUUUGUGCCGACUACAUUAUGUUGUGACAGGUGUCAAGCUUAUGGGCAUGUGGCAGCAGUGUGUAGGAGUGAGGUUCCUAGAUGUAAGAAGUGUGCAGAAGAGCAUGAGACAAAGAAGUGUGCAGCAUUGGGGAAAGUAUUGAUAUGUGUUAAUUGUAGGGGUGCCCAAGGGGCUGGGUAUCAGAAAUGUCCUGUGCGAGAGAGGCAGGUUGAGGUUUCCAGGGUUAGAGUAGUGCAGAAGUUGUCAUAUGGUGAGGUAGUGAAGAAAGUAGAGGAAGAUGGGUCAAGGGGGAGGGAUCCUGAGAGGAGUGGUGUAGUAGUAGAUCUGUACCAGUACAGAGGGAUAGGCCAACAAGUGAUACAUGUUUCAGUAAGAUUGGAUUUUUGGCAUUUAUAGUAAUGGUUAUCAACUGUACUGCAGGGAUGGAACGUAAGUCGCAGAAAUUAGAGGUUGUUGUGACAGCUGCAGAGAGGUAUUUGGGUGUGCGAGACUUGACAUCAGAAGAGUUACAGGGUGUGUUAAGUGGUGGUGUUCCAUCCUUUCAGGCUGUUGGCCUAAAAUAGGAAUAAAUAUAUUCAAAUAGUGGAGUGUGGUAUUUAUUAUUUGAGUCUAGUGUUAGAUGGUAAGGUAUUUGUUGUGUUUUUUUUUUAUUUGAAAAAUAUAUAUUUUUUGAGGAUUGUUUUUUUUAAAUCAAUGUAUACGGGAGUUAUACUCCAGUCUAGUAGGUGGCGGUAAUGCAACAUUUAUUGGAUGCCAACCGCCUUUAAACCUCAUCGAAGAAGAAUAUAAAGUACGGUAGCCUAACACAGCCAACAGACUCAAGUCACAAACUGAUGUAGCCAUUUAGCUAGUUGGAGAAGUAAAAUAGAUAAAUCAUACUAGUUUGUUUGGUAGGUCGAUUUCACUCUAAUUCAUUAUUUGAAAUUACAAACAAAAAUAGACUUACACCGGUAAACGCUUAAACUGCAAGAUGUGUUGGGAACGGGAUUGACUUGGGCACUGUCCUGUCCCCACGCCGGGUCCUCCAUGUCCAUGUUUCGGCUCCGAGCUGUGACUGGGAGCCGCUACCUGCGCAGGUUUUUGCAUGGGGGAGCAGCGAACCGGGACUAUGUUCUGGAGCAGCUUGGCAUCUGCUCUGGUGAAGACCAAGUGUUGGAGGUGGUGGGCAAGAACAAGGCCAAGCUGACUGUGAACCAUGUUGGCUGUGCCAUAGGCAUGCUCUGGCAUUUCCAGAAGGAGAAGCCACAGAUGCUGAGAACGGUUGAGUACAUCAAAAGCCACCCAGAGUUCCUGACUCUCCGGGUGCUGGCUGAGAACAAAAUUGAGCUCAUGGAUGAUGUCAUGUUGGUGGACAUGCUCUACAAUGUUCUCAGGCUCAAUGUGGAACCAUAUGAUUCUCUUGCUCAGCAAUUGGUCUCAGAGGCCUGGCUCAGAUUAUACAGAUUUCCAAUGCCAUCACUGUCCAAGUUUGCUGUCUGCCUAAGUGAUCAACAUCUGCAGCACAGUCCUCCAAUGGGUCAAAUCACUGACAUUUUGGAUCAGAAACUCUCCUCAAUUGAUGAUGCCAGGAUCCUGACAACCCUCAUGGUCAGCGUGUCAUCUUUGGUGUCCCCUCAUCUGCGGGAUAAACUCAUCAAUAAGGCAGAUCAUCUCCUUGACACCAUGGAUCCCUCACACUACAACAACCCCAGGAGGAUGGUGCAGUUCCUGCGCAACAUCAAGUAUAAUUACCGUCCCCUGCUGGAGAAGUGCAACCACAUUCUCCUGCGCAAUGUUCCCCACCUAAAUGCAGAGAACAUAAGCAUCAUCCUGGGGCUCUACCAGUCAAUGCAGUUCAACAACUGUGACUUCCGUCUGGCUGCAAAGCAGAGGCUAAUGGAACUCGUGGAUUCGAGCGCAGACCCUUUCUCCUUCACCAAGCUGUUUGUUGCUCUUGGGCCUAUGGCAGGGGAGGACACCAAAGAGAGGUUGGAGAGUACAGCACUGCUACUGGCAGAAGAUCUUAAUGCCCAGCAGGCCCUAGCUGUGGCAGAGACACUAGAGGAGAUUCAGUGUAGAAACCUGAAUCUGAUCCAAAAGAUUGCAUCAGUAGUCCACAAGAACCUGCAUGUCUACAAGCCCAUGGAGAUAGCCAGGAUCACACAAGCCCUGAUCCUGCUGCAUUACCAGAGUCCAGAGCUCUUCAAUAAAUUAAGGAACAUUCUGGUUCAGUUCUUGCUGGACAGUGUCUACCCAUAUGAAGUGACCAUGCUGACUCGUGUUCUCUCCAUGCUGCCUUCACCUCGACUCGACGAAAGCGUCAUUUCACGGGUGGAGGCAGUGCUGCCCCAGUGUAAUCUGAAUGACCUGAACACCUUUGCAAUGGCCGUCGCUAAGUGGGUGCGAAAUGACCCGUCCUACCGACACAGCACGCCCAGCAAGUAUGUGCGUCUGCUACAGACACUGAACCGCUGCGGGCAUGAACGCCUGCGCAAGGCUGAUCGCCUGGACUUGGUGUUGGAGGAGCUCAAGUACAUGUCAGGGGAAUGGUUUGAGGAGAUGCUGCUGGAGGAGACCAUGGUUACACUACAGAGGUUGGAGGACCAGAUAUCCUGGACCAAUGUGCCUGAGAUGGCCCUUUUCCUGACCAGGACUAAUCACCUCUGUACUCCAUUAAUGGACCGCAUCGCUAGCGUGGCCAUGGAGAAUAUCAACAAGAUCCACUACUCAGCGACUUAUGCCACCUUGCUGCCCUUUGCUGUACUGAAUUAUGAUCCACCAAGGGUGGAUGAGCUGUUUGACAUCUGCAUUCAGCGCGUCAUACCUCACAUCAGUUCCUUUGACCCCCAUCUGCUUGUACUUCUUGCAUAUGCCCUGGCUGUGGCUGACUGCUUCCCGGAGGACCUGGUUCGAGAAAUCUUCAAUGUGAAUUUCCUUGCCAAGCUGGAUUCCCAGUUAGAAACCCUGCCUGACGCCCUCAACAAGCGUGUCCGCCUGCGUCUCAUGGAGCUAAAUCGGGCUGUGUGUCUAGAGUGUCCAGAGUCCCAGGUUCCCUGGUUCCACGAGCGUUACUGCCUACAGUUACAGAAGAAAGGGAAUGGUUCCAUCAGUCCUGUCCAACAACAAAUCCACAAAAUGCUUGGGGAAGUUCUUGGAGGGAUUAAUUGUGCCAGAGUGGCAUUGCUCACUACUUAUUUCUACACAGUAGACUUUGAAUGUGUUCUGGACAGACACCACCAGGCGGUGGCCUACAGUGAGCAAAGUCAGCUGCAGAUAUCUGGAGAUGGGAAGGUCCGCUGGGGUUCUGACUCUGUAGGGAAGGAUCGGAGUGAGGUCCCUCCAGGGGCACAACGUGUUGCUGUGGACUUCUUGGAUUUCAAAUCCUUCUGCAAAAACUCUCGUCACAUGAAAGGGGAAGCAAUGAUGAGAAAGAGACAUCUGGAGAUUCUGGGAUAUCAUGUUGUCCAGAUCCCUCAUUUUGAAUGGAACUCUAUGGAGCUCUCCACACAGGAUGCAUGGAAGGAAUACCUUAGGAAGAAGAUAUUUACUGGGCUUCCCUCAAGCACCUAGAUGUUGAAUGAAGGACACGUGUUAUAUUGCUUUUGCUACUGAACCGUGAGAGAAAAGGUCUGCCUUUUUAGAAAUGUAUAUUUGCAGGCAGGUCAUUGACAAUUGUUUUUAAGCAUCAGAUGUUUAUCAAGUGCUCCUUAUUGCCUACUCCAAAGCCUAAAGUGGACAUGGAGCUACCUCAUCUCCUGCCAAGAAAAAUUGUAUCAGGCUUUUUAUAUGAACUGUAGCAUUUGUCAAAUAAUAAUUUUUGUAAUAAAAUUUUAAAAAAUG